AUGGAGGAGAUAUUAAUGUCAAUGAUAUUCAACGGAAUCAAUCUGGUCAAGGAGCUUGAGUUCAGUUUAUCAUCACAAGAGUCACCAGAAUCAGAUUUGUCGAGUUCUCUAAGCUCGAUAUCCACUCUAUUCGGAGACGUCAACGAGCGGCUGAAAACCCUACUAGCGUGGAGGAACUCUCUGUCACAGUACCAGCCUGAACCGGAACCGGUUUUAAUGUUGGAUAUGACGAAUUGACGAUGCAGAUUGAACCGAGUCUGAUGCAGGACCACUGGUUAAUGUAUCCAGUUAUGCAGACAGUGGAGGGUAAUGAAACCUCGAGACCAAGGCAUCGAAGAAGGUAA